AUGGCUAGAUCAGGUAUUGCUGUUGGAUUAAACAAGGGACACAAGGUUGUCGCCAAGGAAGUUGCUCCAAAGGUCUCUUACAGAAAGGGUGCUUUAUCCAAGAGAACUGAAUUCGUUAGAAACAUCGUCAAGGAAGUUUCCGGAUUAGCUCCAUAUGAAAGAAGAUUGAUCGAAUUGAUCAGAAAUGCUGGUGAAAAGAGAGCUAAGAAGUUGGCUAAGAAGAGAUUAGGUACCCACAAGAGAGCCCUUAGAAAGAUCGAAGAAAUGAACAAGGUCAUUGCUGAAUCAAGAAGACAUUAA